AUGAUUUUAUUAUUUAAAAAUAUCCUGCAUAUAUUGCAUUCCAAGGUGCAGUUGAAAUGUACAUUAAAUGAUAUAGGAUAAGGAUGUAUGUAGAAACCUGGUUCUUGUUCUUAAUUAAAGAGUAAGGUUAAUUGUGGUGAAAAAGCUAUUAUUUCAGAUGAAGAUUGUUUUUGGUCUUGAUAAGAAUGUUUACCAAGUGAAUGUGGAAAUUUAAAACUAGAAAUUUAUAAUUUAGAGAACUGUUAUAUGAAAUCAUUCAAAAAGUUUACAGUUGAUUCAGAAAAAAAUGUAAACAUUAAAUAAUAAAAGAAUUGUUCAGAAUAUUAAUCAAUGGAUUCAUGUUAAAUAAACAAUUAAAGCAAGAAAUGUAUUAUUAGGUUUGAUACAAUUAAUAGUAAAUAUUUAUGUGAUCAAGAAAAAUGUGAGGAUUUAUUUAUAUCCAAUUAUAAUACUUUUUUAGCAUGUUAAAACUACAAUAAAACUUGCACAGUUAUUUCGAGAGUUAAUUGUAAAGGAUGUCUUAAUAGAGAAGAAGAUUGCUUUAAUUAUAAGACUUUUGAAUAAUGUAUUAAAAAAUUAAAAGGAAAAAAAUGUUUAUGGAACUCUAAUAAAUGCUUGGAUUAUGAUAAUUUUUGA